AUGGACGGCGCGGAGAGUCAGCCGGCUCACCUGGAGCCCUCUGAGCUGGGCACCAAAGAAUACUGGAACAAGCUCUACACGAAUGAACUGUCCAACCACGCCGCCGACCCGUCCGACAUUGGCACCGUCUGGUUCGACGACUCGGACGCCGAGGCCAAGAUGGUGGAGUUCCUGGCCGAUCUCGAGCAGGAGCAGGAACAGCAGCAGCAGGAGUCGUCACAGUCGCCGGUAUUGGCAAAGGGCACGUCCUCGCUGCUCGACCUCGGCUGCGGCAACGGCUCCCUGCUCUUUGCGCUGCGCGACGACGGCUGGUCCGCCCGCGCGCUAGGCGUCGACUACAGCCCUCAGAGCGUCGCGCUGGCCAGGCAGGUCGCUGCGUCGCGGGCCGAGGAGCACAAGGAAGAAGAAGACGACGACGAAACACCCGCCGUCGAGUUCUCCGAGUGGGACAUCAUCGCCGGCGAGUCUUCCACCGUCCUCAACGGCGCCCAGUCGUCGGGCUGGGACGUCGUCCUCGACAAGGGCACCUUCGACGCCAUAUCCCUCUCCGACGCGCGCGACCAGGCCAGCGGCCGCCGCCUCUGCGAGUGCUACCGCGAGCGCGUGCUGCGGCUGGUGCGCCCCGGCGGUAUCUUCCUCGUUACUAGCUGCAACUGGACCGAAGAGGAGCUCCGGGCGUGGUUUGUGCCGCCAAGCGGGGCGGCGGCGGCGGCGACGAUGACGUCGGCACCAGCAGAGGAGGCCGAGAUCGGGAAGUUCGAGGUCGCUGGACGUGUGCAAUAUCGAACGUUUAGCUUCGGCGGCGUCAAGGGGCAGACCAUCAGCACGCUGUGUUUUAGGAGGAUAUGA